AUGGAUGUUAAAUAUAGUGAAUAAAUGCUUAAAUGUCCAAAGCAUCUUGGAUUUAAGCUAGAAUUUAUUCAAGUAAAUAAUUUACCUCAAAAUUAUGAGAAAGAUAUUUUAUAUUGCUGCUGUUGUUAAGAUGAAGAUGAGAGCUACUAGCAAAAAAAUUUUAUACUUAUUCACAAGUUAAUUGAUGAAGGAAACCAAAAAAUAUUGUCUAAGUGGCCUCCUUUGAACAAUGAUAAAAUUCUGCAAAGCUUGAUAAAUGAAUCGAAAGAUUAAGAUAUUUAAUCAUCUCUUAUUUAACAAAUCAACAGCUUUUUUGAUCAAUUAAUUUAAGACUUUCUUUUUUAAGUUGAUCAGUGCAAAAAGAGAAUGAUAAACUACUCUCUAAAGUAAUAUAAAGACAGUUAUAUAUUAGAAAAAUACUAAGAAAUUUCAAAGAUUUUAGAUCUGAGAAAUACUCUUUUAGAAGAUAAAACUGAUGUCCAUCAAAAAUAAGCUAAAUGCAAAUAAAUAAUUAAAUAAAUGAUAGAAGCAAAAGACCAAAAUACUAAAGUUAUUUCUUAACUUUUGAAUUAACACAUUGAUGCUAAAAAUUAAAUCAAUUAUGAUUAUCCUAGCAUCAUUAAAAAAUCAAUACUAAAUUUAGUUGAUUAAAUUAAUUUUUUUUGUCAAUAAGAUUGCAAAUAAUCUAAAAAUCAUGAUUAUUCAGACACAAAGAUUUAAAUAGAGUAAUAAAAUAUUUUUGUUGAUUAAAUCGUCAGCCUCAUUUCUACAAAAUCUAAUUUCUGUUCUGACAAGUUCACUUAAAAGUUUAAAAUUAUUUUGAAUUAAAUACAUCCGUUGUUGGAUUAACUUAAUAAUAUAGAGCUCUUUCAACCAAACAAAAAACCCAUAGAUUUUUAACUAUUGAGAGACUAUGAUUUAGAUAUUAUCAGAAAUUAAGUAUUUGAUCUUGAAAAAAAAUAAUUGAAUUAAUAACCAAUUACCUUUAAUUAGACUAACUUUAAUAACGAUAAAUAAAUUAUUUCCAUAACUAAAAAUUAAAGUAUUUCCAUCAAAGCUACAACUGAUUCAAAUUAUCCAGGUUAAUGCGUAUCUAACAUCAUUUUAGAUAAAGAAUAAAAAUAUAUAUUUAGAUUUAAAAUUUUAUGUAAUGUUGAUAGAACUUAUUUUGAUAUUGGCAUGGUCAGAGAUACUGAGAAAGAUAGAGAUGGUUUUAUAGAUUGCUUAACUUACAGUUUACUCUACUCUAAUGGAUAAGUCUCAAAGAGUCCAUUUAGUUCUCUUUCUAAACCAGUCAAGGGUAAAGAUUUAAUAGUAAAAACAGACUCUUAACAGAUAGAAGUAAGAGUCUCACUCCAAGAUAAAAUAUUUGAAAUCGUAAAUUACCCAAAUUACGAUUGUAAACUUUAAAUUGAUGAUUAUUAUAAAAAGAAUUUAAAUUAUCACAAUUUAAGGCUAUUCAUACAAACAAAAUCUAAGUCUUUAGAAAUUAUCCUAGCAGAUGUAUUUAAUAUAGAUUCUUUCCAAGAAUGA